UGCACGUUUCUGGUAAAGGUAGGGAGUAAAGUUCAGGCUGGUCAAGAGGACAGAGAGAUCACCGUCAUGCCCCGGAGGAAGACGGAGGAGCCGGACGACACGACCACGAUGAAGACGCCAUCAUCUGACUCUUCCUCCUCCUGCUGCGCGCCCUGUAUCAGUCUGAAGGACAGAUGUCCUCGACCUCGGGGAAUCAUCAGCCUGCUCAUCACCAAAGUGUGUUUGUUUGCUCUGCUGUUCGGAGUCGUCUGGUCCAUCACAGGAAGAGAGUGUUUACCUGGAGGGAACCUGUUCGGCAUCAUCAUCCUCUUCAUCUGCUCCGUGCUGGGAGGGAAGCUGGUGGGAAUGAUCCAGCUGCCCACACUACCCCCCUUUCCUCCACUGCUUGGUAUGCUGCUGGCGGGUUUGCUAUUGCGUAAUGUUCCUUAUGUAACGGACGCCAUCUUCAUCGACACUCACUGGUCUGCAGCUCUGAGGAACAUCGCCUUGUCCAUCAUCCUUACCAGAGCUGGUCUGGGGCUCAACCCUGAGGCUUUAAGUCGACUGAAAGCAGUGUGCGUACGUGUUGCAGUUGGACCCUGUAUGGUGGAAGCCUGCAUUGUUGCUGUGGUUUCUCACUUCCUGCUGGGUCUGCCAUGGGUUUGGGGUUUCAUACUGGGUUUUGUACUGGCUGCCGUUUCUCCAGCAGUUGUUGUUCCUUCAAUGCUGCUCCUGCAGAGAGAAGGAUAUGGAGUGGAGAAGGGAAUCCCCACCCUCCUGAUGGCUGCUGGAAGCUUUGAUGAUAUUCUCGCUAUAACAGGAUUCUCUACUUGUUUGGGAAUCGCCUUCUCUACAGGUUCUACAUGGAUGAACAUACUGAAGGGUCUGCUGGAGGUGGUGGGAGGCAUCGUAGCUGGUAUGAUCCUGGGAAUGUUCUUGUACUGCUUCCCCAGCAAUGACCAGGAGGAUCUGGUCUUGAGGAGGACCCUCAUGUUGCUGGGUCUGUCCACAUUUUCAGUCUUCUUCAGUCAUGUUAUUGGUUUUGCUGGAGCUGGAGGUCUCUGUACACUGGUGCUGGCUUUCCUGGCAGCACUGGGCUGGAAGACUGAAAAGGCACCAGUAGCAGAAAUGGUGGGCCGGUCAUGGGAUGUAUUUCAGCCACUCCUGUUUGGUCUGAUUGGAGCUGAGAUCACGAUUAAAGCACUCAGCCCAAGUACUGUGGGUCUGGGUAUGGCCUGCAUUCUUGUUGGUCUGGUGAUCCGUCUACUUGUCACCUUCCUGUUGGUUCAUUAUGGAGGAUUCAACUUAAAAGAGAAGCUCUUCAUUUCUGUGGCCUGGCUGCCUAAAGCUACUGUGCAGGCUGCCAUUGGCUCCAAGGCGUUGGACAUGGCGAGGGAGGAAGGGGACGAGGCCUUAAUUAAGUUUGGUUUGGACGUGCUAACAUUAGCGGUGUUAGCCAUCUUGACCACAGCUCCAGUUGGUGCACUGGGUAUCGGACUGGCAGGACCCCGUCUCCUGGCCCGGCAGGUCAAAGCAGAAGAGACAGAAGGUGAAGCUACACCAUCUUACCGCAACGGGGUUGUUCAAGAAAAAGACAAUGGGACUCUCGAGAGCAAGCUAUGAAGCUUCUGAGUGGAAAAACUGACUAUAUAUAUAAAUUGUAUAUACAAUAUAUAGAUAUGUCCACACAUUAUGUAAAUCAUAAACAGAAUUUAGCUGCAGUUCAUUUAUAUAUACUGGCUGUCAAUAUCUUCUAUUUUCUCAUAUGCUCAGGUUAGAAACUAUAAAUGUGCAAAUGUUUAUAUUUUUGUUAGGCUAUUAAUAGUAAAGUAAGAGAAACUGCCGCUUGUGUCAAUUAUAAUAUCCCAUCAUGUCCUUCGUAGUGUUGUGUAGUGUACUAUAUUGAUAUUUAUGCACUUUGGUAAAAUGCAAUGAUUAAUUUUACAUUACACUAAGCAGAUUGUGUUAUCAGCUCAUUAGCAGUGACAGAAUCUAUAUUAUGAAUUAAUUUCUGGCUAGCUAGUGUUAACAUAAGCUAAAACAUAUUUGCCACACCAGGUUUCAUUUUCUUACUUCAUUUUUUAUUUUCUUCUGUUUGUCUGUUGCAUAAGUGAAGUACAGCUGAGGUCAUUCAUCAUAUGGGGACUGGCAAAUAGUUUAGCUAGCAUGCUAAUCUGACGUGUUGGGGUUUAGAUAUGGUGGAGUAACAAAGUUGAUGCUGGAAGUCAGGUCUUUAAACUGACAUCACAUUCUACAACAAAAAACCAAAAUCCUUUCUGGUGUCAGGUUUGGUUAUAAAAAGCUAAAAUGUUCAUUUUUACUGUUGUGUGUGCUUAAAACAUGGUUAUUUACAAAAACAAAUACUGGAUACAGAUUAAGUAAUUAAUGGCAGUAACAGAUAGUAUACUGUUAGCCUCAUUAAACAGCAUCAAAUGUGGAAGUGACUAAUCUUUACUGGUAAUCUACUGUCUAAUGACAUUUUCAAAGAUAUAUUAAUAUAUUCUUAGAUAAUAUUCAUACAAAAUAUUCCGAAUGUUCAUCUUUAAGACAGACUUCAUUACAUGCAUCGCUGCCAGCCUGGAAGCUUGUAUCAGUAAUCAUGUAAUCAUUAAGCAUGCUGUAAUUAUUUUCUGUGUCAUUGUGAUCAGCUGUAAUUUACAUGUGCAGCUUUAAUUCAAAGCUCAAUAAAUAUUUAUCAAUAAAGUCAGAAUAUUAAAAAA